AUGUGCACGUUAGAAAAGUCAGGCAACAUCUUCUAUCUUACGCUUACCGGCGACGAUGAGCACCGACUGAAUCCUACUCUCAUCACCACCAUCCGUUCAUUUGUAGCCGAAGUUAAAUCCCAAGCCGUGAAGGGUUCCGUUCUGAUCACAAAAGCCCAAGGCAGGUUCUUCUCUAACGGCUUUGAUCUAAAGUAUGCACAAGCCGCCGGUUCAGCGCAAGCUGCCAAAGAUCGGCUACACAACAUGGUGGCCUUGUUCAAGCCGCUGGUCGCCGAUUUCCUAUCACUCCCAAUUCCGACCAUCGCCGCCNUUGCUCGUUAA